ACUUUUCUGGAAUGGCUUCUGAACAUAUGAAUUGCACUGACUUGUAGGGGCUUCAAACUGUCCUGCAAAGACACUUUCAUGCCACAGAACUCCGUGGUUUGCACCAUAACUCUAUGUGAUACGGCAUCUAUGUAAAACCAAAUAAUAUAAAUUAAGUGAAGGUGAGUGUGUGUCUUCUGCUGGACUUCGCUCGGAUCUGCAAGGACUAUUGAGAAUGUUUCCCACAGCUGGAAAGCGUUGUUUUACUAUUGAAUCGUUGGUAGCAAAGGAGAGCCCGAUGACUGCCGACGAACCUAUCCGGCCAACAGCGCUCAGCUACACCUCAACGCCGACCGACGGUUUCAUGAGUGGCUAUCAACAUCCAACGAGCCGGUCUCUCUAUCCGAAUCCGGAGCUGGUGUUCCCGGAGACCGUCAGCCAUCCGUCUCUCACCGUGCACCCCCACCAGCUCGGCAGUGCACACCUACAGCACCCGCACUUCUUCAGCACACAGCACCGGGAGCCACUCAACUUCUACCCGUGGGUCUUACGUAACAGAUUCUUUAGUCACAGAUUCCAAGGAAACGACGUUUCCCAAGACGCCCUACUCCUGCACGGGCCGUUUGCUCGGAAGCCCAAACGUAUUCGAACGGCAUUCUCUCCGUCACAGCUCCUGCGUCUGGAGCGAGCCUUCGAGAAGAAUCACUACGUUGUGGGAGCAGAACGAAAGCAGCUCGCCAACAGCUUGAGCUUGUCGGAAACACAGGUGAAAGUGUGGUUCCAGAAUCGUCGCACAAAGUACAAGCGUCAGAAGCUGGAGGAAGAAGGACCGGACAACGGCCAGAGGAAGAAGGGGAACCAUCACAUCAACCGCUGGCGUCUCGCCACCAAACAGAACCCCAACGAGGACAUAGACGUCACGUCCGACUCCUAAAUCCCCCCUCUGCGUAGACGUCCCACCCGAAAAAACGCCCCCCCUACUCCCCCCUUCCUCAACUAAAGACCAAGGACGGGCCCUAUUUAUUAUGUUAAAGUUAUUAGUGAUCUGUAACACUGUUUCAUGUGCACUGGAGGACCGAGUGUGUGUGGAGAACUAAGACUGAUUCUACAGGCUCUCUGCGAGCCUUCUUGCCACUGUUCAGAUAACCAGGAGACCAAUACCACUAAAACGCACACAUACACACACACACAGACACACACUUUCUGUUUCUCUCUCUCAAUGCCUAUCUUUGUCUAUUUUCGUUCCUUGCAACACUGUUUGUCUGUAUUCUGUCAUCUUUUCUCUCUGUACCCACAAAUUUUCAGACAUUCUCCUGACUGAUUGAAUAAUCUGGUUAAAGAAACGACACAUCAUUUUCCCUCUUAUCCAUGUCCUUGCAUUGGGUAGCUCCUUCUCUCCCAUCUGUUUAUUUGUCCACUAUAGUGUCCACCCUCUGCGGGGGUUCGUGAGAGCUGAUGUCUAAACAUGAUCCGAGCCUAGGAUGUCUUUGCUGACUGCAAGUGUGUGUGUGUGUGUGUGGGAGUGUGUGUGGGUGUGGGUGUGGGUGCAUGUUGAUGGUCAGACCGCUGCAUUUUCAUAGACUGUUUAUAGACAGCUGAGCAAAGGUCACAGUUGAAAGGUCAGCCUCUGUGUAAUCCUGACCUUUGAGUAUUUGACCUCCCUGUUUUGCACAUUGGUGUCUAAGCAGAGGGUGUCCCACGGUUGCUGAUUGCUGUGUGUGUGUGUGUGUGUGUGUGUCUGUUUGCUUGUGAAAAACUAUGACCAUGAACAAGAACACUUGGGCUCAGGUUCACACUAGGGUGUGUUGAGAAGAGUGAGAGCACAAGCAUAUGCUACUGUGUGUGUGUGUGUGUAUGUGUUUGAGUGUGCGUGUGUGAGUGCACAUGUGUAUCAGCCAGAGUAAAUAGGACAUGAUUGCAUGAGUGUGUGUGAAUUAUUAUUAUUAAUGAGCGGUGCUUCAUGGGAAUGUGUGUGUGUGUGUGCGUGCGUGCGUAUGUGUGUGCGUGCAUGUGUGUGUGUGUUUAUCUGGUACAUUAGCCAUCCCUGGUUCUCACACGGUGAAAUAUUUGCCAACAAAUAUCAAAUGAAUUUUCCAGAACAAAAGUUGUAAAAACAAAUAAAGAUGUUUUAGAGAGAAAAGUCCAGAA